GCGCGGCGGCUGGCAGGCAGCGGCCGCCUCUAUUCCCCGGCGCCCUGCGGGAGAUCAUUGCACAAGAGGGGCUGGAGCCAGGACUCUUCGCAGGCAGCGGUUCCCGGUGCAUGGGGGACAAAGCGACAGCUGCUGCCGCCGCUGCCUGCUGCUGCGUGGGGGCGGCCCCGCCUACCUCUGCCCCCAGCUGCGUGUGGUGAGGAGGAGGAUGACCCCGGCCCAGGGUGUCUCACGCCUCUUCUGAGCCCCUGAGCCGUUUGCUCCCGGCCGCCCGUGGCAUUUUGGAUGCUUUUUGCAGCGGCCGCCGCCCCGCGCCCGCAGCGCCAUGCACACCGUGCAGAAGGACACUACUUUCACCAAGAUCUUCGUCGGGGGGCUGCCCUACCACACCACCGACUCCUCCCUGAGGAAGUACUUCGAGGUGUUCGGGGACAUCGAGGAAGCGGUGGUGAUCACCGACCGGCAGACGGGCAAAUCCCGGGGAUAUGGUUUUGUGACCAUGGCAGACAGAGCUGCAGCUGAGAGAGCGUGCAAAGAUCCCAACCCCAUCAUUGAUGGCAGAAAAGCAAAUGUGAACCUGGCAUAUCUGGGAGCAAAACCAAGGAGUAUUCAAACUGGUUUUACUAUAGGUGUGCAGCAGCUACAUCCAGCCUUUAUUCAGCGACCAUAUGGUUUUCAUAUGACUCCUAAAGAUCCUCUUUUCAGCAUCAGCAAAUCAGUCUUCAUAAAUCACGAGAGGCUCACCCCUCACUAUAUUUACCCUCAAGCUAUCGUUCAGCCUAGCGUGGUCAUCCCAACCCCCGUGCAGUCUAUCACAUCUCCCUACAUAGACUACACCUCUGCGAGCCAAGCCUACUCCCAGUACACCACCGCUGCCUACGACCAGUACCCCUACGCCGCCUCUCCUGCUGCUGGGUUUGUGGGAUACGGCUACACGAGCGCAGUUCAGCAGCCCAUCACAGCUAGCAAUCCGGCAGCGCACACCACGGCUUUUGUUCAGUAUCAGCCCCAACAGCUGCAGCCUGACCGAAUGCAGUAAGGGCCCUGCCCAUGCGUUCACCAUGUAGGACAAUCUUUUACAGUGGAAGGAUACAAACAAAAAAAGCAGAAAACAAAACCACCCAACCUUACUAGGUGCAUACGAAUACCUAAGCUAUUUAUAGUGUUAAGGACGAACCUAAACCCUUGCUGUCUGACUACGCUCAUGGAAAAGGACUUCCGGUAAGUUUUCUUUCAAUCAGGGCAAAUAUUGUCUUGAAGAUGGACUUAAAUUGACUGAAAUGUUAAAAGGAAAACUACAGUUUCUUGCACACUUAGUGAUCUGCUUCCAUUACCUGUCAUCUUCUCGCUCUCCCUCCUUCUCCCUUUCCCCAUCCAUCAGUUGUUUCCUACUCCCCUUCCCCUCCCCAAAUCAGAUCUGCAAUCCUCUCAUUUACUGUUGAGGUAUACAAGGUACUCGGAGAACAUGGAUAAAAAGCAAUCGUAUUUUUUGGUUGUACAAAAACUUUGUAAUACUCAGAGAUGCCUUACAGAAAAAAGAAGAAAACUAUUUUUUAAUAUUUAUUGCGAUUUUAUUCGCAUGAGCUGUGAAUUGCAGACAGAAGAAUAGUAGUAAGUAUCUGCCUUGUUUAAUUCUCAUUUUACUAAAUUAUUGUACGUAGGUAAAAGUUCCUAAGUAAUUGCUGAAUCACUUCAACAUGCAAAAGGGAAUAUUGGCUUUAAGGAAAGCAGAAUAUUCCUUUAGUCAACGCACUGUAAUAUUUUCUUAUUGUAAUUCUUACUCUUAAGAUUAUCUCAGACUUAGGUAUAUUUUUAAAAUGCAAAAAAAAAAUAAUCAAAAACAAAGCCCCCCACCUGGAAUACUGAACAUAUUGUCUACUAUGAUAGAUCUUUUGUUAUAAUGCUGCAACUUAUGGAGAAAUGGACAGUAUUUAUGUCAAAGUUAGACAGAGUUUUCAGGCUGUUGGCUGGCAAAGUUUAGGAGAAUGUGAGGAAUGGAUUAAAACCUUUUUUUACAUAUUUGAACAAAUGGGUAAAUGUAACAUUUUUAUGCCUAUGGUACAACAGCCAAAUAAAGAGAGACAACAGACCACAUAGGAUAAGUGCAUUUUUACAAGGAGGAGCAAUAAACUUUUUUUUUUUUUUUUAAACCACUCAAUACUAUGUUGUAUGCUCCAGUCAAAUAAAUAUGGUAUUAAAGACACAGAUGAAAUUGACUUGAAUUGGAUACACUGGGCCUUACCCUGCAGCUGUUGUGGACUUGAUCCUGAGCGGUUCUGAGCCACCUUCAAGUCUCCUGGACCCCUCUCUGCAUUCAAACUACAGUUUCCAGCAACUCCCAUUGGAGUCACAUGCCUGGAAGGCACCUGGCCCUUAGUUGCCCUGUAGGUUGUGUUGUCCAUUGAGUCCAGUGUCAAGUGGGUCUUUAGUGCUCCCUUUCUAAGCUGGUAGCAUUUUCACCGACCAUACGCUGAUGUAAAUGAUGACCAAGGUGCUAGGCAAUGGAGACUCACAAGGAGUGCAGGAUCAGUAUCAGUAUUGUCCUGAGGGGGUUUUCAUGGUAUCGCAAAGAAACCACAUGCUUCUUCUAAUGGAAGUUUGCACAGUUGAUUCCAUCCAAAAUUCUGUCUCAUGUAAGGGCUGGGUUUCUGAGGGCCUCUUCAAUCAGACAUGCUGGGAUUGGCACGUGCCCUCAGGCAAGGUGGCUCUAGGGCCCUGAGCCUUCCUCAGGUUGGCCACAUGGUUCCAUUUUAUUUUCCCCUUGAAUUUCCUAUAGCAAUUUGGUUUUCAACUUUUGACCCUCAAAAAAACUGUUUUUAAAGUAAAUAAAAUGAAUCUAUUUAAAG